GUUCCUGCAAUCCCCCCCUCUCCGGGACGCUCAAGGAAUAAGAAAGGCGACGGCGCACGGGGAGAUAUCAAACAGAAAAGAGAUUCGAACGGGGAUAGAGGAAAAAAAAAAAGAAGAAGAAAAAGAAAAGCUGGGAGAGGGAGAGGGAGAACGAAAGAGGAAAAAAAAAGAACACGAUCCCGAAAGGACGAUGGCGCCGCCCAAAAAGUCGUCUGAGCCGUCGGAGGCGGACGUCGUGUUUACGCGGGCCUCCGUCGCCCUGGCCAAGUCGCAGCGGCUGAUCGCCUCGUGGCUACCGCCCAAGACGCAGGAGGAGCUUGCGCGCGAAAGCGGGCAUGGCGACGACGACGACGACGACGAUGACGAGGGGGAUUUGCGGGCGGGAAACGAACUGCUGGGAGUGGGCGCGGCGGCGACCGCGAGCGGCGCAGGCAGAGGCGUCGUGAAGCGCAAGGACCCGUCCCUCGACGCGCUGCGCAGGCAGCUGCUGGGGCGGAACGCGUCCAAGGCGGCCGCGACGGCGGUGCACGGCGGAGGGGCGGGCGCACACGGGAGGAAGGCCGUGACCUCGCGUCCGGACGGCGGGCCAGCUCGGCGGACGACGCGAGGGCGCGAAGACAGCGAGACUGAGGACGAGGGGCGCGGGGCGCUCUUUGGCGGGAAGGGAAUGGCGAGGAGAGGAGGCAGGGGAGCCGGUGAACGCCAGGAUGCGGUGGGAGGGCCAGAGCCGGCGGAGGAGGCCGGGAAGGAGAGCGGCGACGGCGCCGACCGCGAGGGCGCAGAAGACGACGCGCUGGCCGUGCGGCCGGAUGGGGCUUCUGCUCCUCCUGCUGCUCCCGCAGGCCCGGCCAAGCGGAGGGCCACCAGCUACCUGGAUGAGAUUCUCGCCGAAAAAAGCGCAAAGCGGAAGAAGAAGAAACGGAAGGGUUCUCGCGUGGAUGCGGAACGGCCGGAUGAGUAGUGUGCAAGCAAAAUGAGAAAAAUUUUUGCACUGGAAACGGCGUUGUGAAUUACAUGAUGGCGUUCAGGCAACUCCUGGGCAUAGAAAAGAAAUCGCACUUUCAUGGUGUGCUAUUGACUGCAACUUUAGACUAGGACCUCUGACUCUCAAUGGAUUACUUUUUCUGAAAAUGGUAAGAAUAAAAGCAUCAUAACAAAAAUGCCCGGCCAUCAAAUGCAGG